CCUUACAUCAGUAUAGUGACCACGGAUUCAUUUACUUGUGGAGUCAGACCCGCUGCCCCCACCCAAGGAUAUCACGAUAGUUUGGCCAAUCGGCUGCAAGAAACGUGGGGCUUGUCAACGAGACUUGCCACUCUUACGAUAUAUAAGAGUUGCCCUGCACCAGAAAACAUGUUAACGCUCAGGUGUACUUCGUCUGGGUUACCGAUAGCUAAGAACAUCAAUUGUUUGAAAAGUUAUUCGAGUUUGAAUAAUUUGAAAAAAACCAGCCAUCGGGAAUUCAUAUCGAAUUUCCAAUGUCAGAGGAAGACGAUUUACGCUCGAAAUUUUUCAACGCUUGAAAAAGCGAUCGCACCGCGAAAAAGUUAUUUAUCGUACGCCAUUUCUACGGUAGAAAGAAAUUAUUCCGAACAAGUUGUCAAGAUGCCAGACACCGCCGAAAAAUACUAUCCACAAGUGUCGAACGUUGUCACCCACCCGACGAAGACAUCUCAGACGUCCACCUCCGGAGCUCUCUAUGACCUCAUCAAGGGCGUCCCGGUGGAGAGCAGGCUGUCGAAACCACUAGCACCCAAAGUACGCGCCUACCUCGAGGAAUGCAUAGCUCUUUGCGGUCCCGAGAGCGUCUACGUUUGCGAUGGCAGCGAAGAAGAGAACGUUCGACUUCUCAAGAUGCUGGAGAAAAAAGGGACGAUCAGAGCUCUGCGUAAAUACGAAAAUUGCUGGCUCGCCAAGACCAAUCCCGCUGACGUAGCUCGGGUGGAAAGUCGCACUUUCAUAAGCACCGAGAACAAGAGCGACACCGUCCCGACGCCCCGCGACGGAGUCAAAGGCGCUCUCGGAAAUUGGAUGGCACCGAGGGACAUGAACAAGGCUGUUCAGGAGAGAUUUCCCGACUGCAUGAGAGGGCGCACGAUGUACGUUAUUCCCUUCAGCAUGGGUCCCGUGGGAUCGAGCCUGUCGAAGAUCGGUAUCGAGAUAACGGAUUCGGCGUACGUGGUAUGCUCAAUGCGUGUAAUGACGAGGAUGGGAGGAGCGAUCCUGAACUCCCUGGGGAACAACGAUUUCGUCAAGUGUCUUCACUCGGUCGGUACACCGGCGAAGAACGCCACUCAUUCGGUGGUACCCUCCUGGCCGUGCGACCCGGAGAGAACGAUAAUCCUUCACAGACCCGCGACCAACGAAAUUGUCUCAUACGGUAGCGGUUACGGCGGCAAUUCGCUGCUCGGCAAGAAAUGUUUCGCUCUGAGGAUCGGCUCGACGAUCGCCAGGGACGAGGGAUGGUUGGCCGAACACAUGCUGAUCUUGGGCAUCACGAAUCCGAAAGGGAAGAAACGGUACAUCGCGGCCGCGUUUCCCAGCGCGUGCGGUAAAACAAAUUUGGCGAUGAUGCAGCCGACGCUACCAGGGUACAAGGUGGAGUGCGUGGGGGACGACAUCGCGUGGAUGAAAUUCGACAAGGAAGGUAGAUUGAGGGCGAUCAAUCCCGAAAAUGGAUUCUUCGGUGUCGCUCCCGGUACAAGCACCGGCAGCAAUCCGAACGCGAUGAAGACCAUUUUCAAGAACACCAUAUUCACCAAUGUGGCCGCUACCAGCGACGGUGGUGUGUUUUGGGAAGGCAUGGAGGACGAACUUGGAAAAGACGUCGAGGUCGAAGAUUGGUUGGGCAACAAGUGGAUAAGAGGUUCGAAGGCCAAAGCCGCUCACCCGAACUCGAGGUUUUGUUCGCCGGCUGUCCAGUGUCCGAUAAUCGAUCCGGCCUGGGAAGAUCCCGAAGGAGUGCCGAUAGACGCGAUAUUAUUCGGCGGUCGCAGGCCCGAAGGAGUCCCCCUGGUUUAUCAGGCGAGAAAUUGGCAACACGGUGUUUUCAUCGGUGCAUCGAUGCGUUCCGAGGCAACCGCCGCGGCGGAGCACAAGUCAAAAGUCAUCAUGAACGACCCGUUCGCGAUGCGUCCCUUCUUCGGCUACAAUUUUGGGCACUACCUCCGUCAUUGGUUGAGUAUGGCCGACGUUCCGAACGCCAAAUUGCCAGAAAUCUUCCACGUCAAUUGGUUCAGAAAAGGUCCGAAGGGAGAAUUCCUCUGGCCGGGCUUCGGAGAGAACUCCCGCGUCCUUGACUGGAUCUUGAGACGAGUGGAUGGCGCCGAUAUCGCCGUUGAAUCUCCGAUCGGACUCCUACCGAGGCCUGGUUCUUUGAAUUUGGAAGGUCUGAAGCAGCCGGUCGACGCGCAGGAACUAUUCAACGUCCCGCAGGAAUUCUGGCAGCGCGAAGCUGCCGAGGUACGCCAGUACUUGGAGAGUCAGGUGGGCGCCGAUCUUCCCGAAGAAAUUGCCACGGAGCUGAAUAUUCUUUCGGGCAAAGUUGCGAACAUCUGAGCUAAGUUCGCGUUCGCGAAUAAGACCAACUUUCGGUCGGUCAUAAAACGAAAGCUCGAACUACCGAUGAUGGCAUUUUGUCCAUAACUCAACCACGCGGUUCAUCGAUCCGACUAAAUAUCCGUCUACAGUUUUCUAUUUCCUUGUCCUUUGUUUUGUUUUUUUUGUUGUGUGAUUUGACAGAUCGGUCGGAUGUGUCUGUGAAAAUCCGGUUUAUCGUGAGAAUUAGUAUUUCAGCAUAUGUAAAUUCGAGUCUAUCAAAUUAGUUUAGACAAUGUUUUAGGUAUUAAGAAGUAAUUGCACUGGCUUCGUCUGUGCCGCGCGUGUGUUUCAAAAGAAAACCGUUUUUGCACCUGCGAGGAAAGUUUUUAUAAAAUAUUCGGCACAAUCACGGUGCUCGAAGGUCGUGUAUGAUAUAAAUGUGAUAAUGAAAAUGUCAAUAGAUGAAUGUCGUUCAAAUGUAUAAAUAGUAUUAUAAGACGAUUAUAUAUAGUAUCGUAAGACAUAGUAUAUGUAUAUUACUGUUGUUAUUUCACAUUGAAAAAAAAAAAAAGAAACAAAAUAAAAAUAUUUUUAUAAGAAUAAAACAAAACGAAACGAUA